AUGACAACAAAUAUAGCAGAGUCCAUGAAUUCUAUACUGAAAGAACCUAGAGAUUUGCCUAUUGCUUCAUUCCUUGAACAUGUUCGAGCUUUACUACAACGUUGGUUUUGGGAGCGUCGAGAAGAAGGCAUUAAAGUGACGUCUACAUUGACUAAAUGGGCAGAGUUAGUUCUACAAAAGAAACAAGAACGAGCUUUGACAAUGAAAGUCAACCCAAUUGAUUGUUACCAAUUCCAUGUUAAAGAUUUAGAUAAAGAGGAGGUCAUAAAUCUUCAUACUCAAGAGUGCACUUGUAAGGAGUUUCAAGCUGAGCAACUACCAUGCGCACAUGCCAUUGCUGUUGCACGGGAUCGCAAUAUAAAUGUUUAUAGCUUAUGUGCUAACUAUUACACUAAUGAAUGUUUUGUUGGCAGCAUAUUCGGAGGCCGUCUACCCAGUUGGGAAUCAGUCGGAAUGGAAGACAACCGAAGAAUAUGUACAUAUGACUGUCUUACCUCCGAAAGUAGUCAAAAGAGUUGGUCGACCGAAGAAAAAGAGGAUUCCAAGUGUCGGUGA